UCUCCGCCAUCAAUCCUUAUCUUCUUCCGUAUUUAAAUUCUCCAUUGUUGAUUCUGCAAUUACAAUUACAAUUUCUCUCCCUUUGAAGGAAUCAGAGCAGCCAUAGCCACCACCAUUAUGAACAUCAUUCUCAGAAGACUCUUCAUCUCCCGCUCUUCUCUCCCUUCUUCUUCUUCUCCCUCAAAGAUUAUUCUGGAAAUUUUUACGUUCCAUAAGCUUCUUCUUUGCCCAUACAAAGUACAGACAUUUCAGCAGUCAAGGUUUGGAGGAAACUGCCAUGGCGUCGCGUCUAGGGCAAAAUCUUCCUUGCCGGAGCCUUGCGGACCAUCUCCUUUCAGUGACGAUGAGAGCUGCGAUAUCGAUUGGGAUAGUCUUGGAUUUGGGUUGAUGCCGACCGAUUAUAUGUACGUUAUGAAAUGCUCUAAAGAUGAGAAUUUCAAACGGGGUCAGUUGAGCCGUUAUGGGAAUAUUGAGUUGAGCCCUUCUGCUGGAGUUCUAAAUUAUGGCCAGGGACUGUUUGAAGGUUUAAAAGCAUAUAGGAAAGAAAACGGUGGUCUUCUUCUCUUUCGUCCACACCAGAAUGCUCUUCGCAUGAGGACUGGUGCUGAAAGAAUGUGUAUGCCAUCACCCUCAAUCGAACAAUUUGUCGAUGCUGUGAAGCAAACUGCCAUUGCUAACAGGCGUUGGGUCCCUCCACCGGGGAAAGGAUCACUAUACAUAAGGCCUUUGCUCAUUGGAAGUGGUCCUGUUCUCGGCUUGGCACCUGCACCUGAGUUUACUUUUCUAGUAUAUGCUUCCCCUGUUCGCAACUAUUUCAAGGAAGGUUCGGCACCCUUGAAUUUGUAUGUUGAGAAUGAGUUUGAUCGUGCAUCUCGUGGUGGAACUGGUGGUGUGAAAACCAUUUCAAAUUACGCUCCAGUCUUGAAAGCUCUAACCAGAGCGAAAGGCCAAGGAUUUUCAGAUGUCUUAUACCUUGAUUCAGUGAAUAAGAAAAAUCUGGAAGAAGUUUCUUCUUGCAACAUUUUUGUUGUUAAGGGCAACGUUAUUUCAACUCCUGGUACAAAUGGAACAAUUCUUCCAGGAGUAACCCGGAAAAGCAUCAUCGACAUUGCUCGUAAUCGUGGUUACCAGGUCGAGGAACGUAUAAUUACUGUGGAUGAACUGUUUGACGCACGUGAAGUUUUCUGCACGGGAACUGCGGUCGGUGUGGCCCCUGUUGGCAGCAUCACAUAUAUGAAUAGAAGGAUCGAAUACCAAACAGGUGCCGAGACAGCGUGCCAGGAACUAUAUUCAACUCUUGUUGGGAUUCAGUCUGGAACCAUUGAGGAUAAGAUGGGCUGGACCGUCGAGAUCUCUUGAGUUUUCAUCCACCCCAUUGACACAAAUCGUAUAUUGAUCAGGUUAUUAUUCUAAUGAUGAAAUUGAAACUUCUUUUAUAUAUAAAUUGGUAGCAUUUUGGAGAAAUGUUUGAAAUGAUUGAUGUUGAAUGGUAUUUGUGAAGGUCAAAAAUUAGAAAACUAUUGGAAGAGAUCAUCACAAUGUAGUUGGAUGGAUAAAAGAAAAAUGUAAAAAUAUUUUAAAUUUAUAUUCAUUAAUUAUWAUGAGACUUGGGGAUUUUCAAA